CAAGGGCCCGGAGGUGAUGUGAUCCGCAGAGAUAACGGCAAUAUCAGGCAAUAUACUGUUGCUCCAGUACUAAUCUCUACUGAACCUUAUUCUGUAACUUAUAUGACAGUGACAGAGCUAAUAAACGUCAUUUUGACCAAUCAGAGAGAAGCUUUAAACAGAAAAUCUUCUUUAACACCCGCGACGCCCGCGACUGAGUUACGGAAUCCGGGGCGUAGAGACACUGAAACGGUAGAGAUCAGUCAAUAACUUUCUGGAUUACCAUCCAUUGAGUUAUAGAGAGAGAGAAAAAGAAAGACAGAGAUGCCAAAACAUGCUCGGAAAACAGUUCAUCUCUAAACUUGCUUAGUCGUGAUUGUAGACCACAGUAGUCUGCAGUAGCCGCUGGUACAGAUCCUUGAUAACGUCAAACAUGUUGUAACAUGGUGAUCGCACACGUACGCCGCGGCGCAUUUUGUCCUAGUAGAAUACAAAAUUAAAACUAUUUUAAGAACGUGAUAAUAUAAAUUAAUAAACUACUUGUGUGUUGCAAAUGAUACGAAAGGAUAAACCAGAUUACUGAAGUACAUGCAGGAGUAUCGGAGUAUACACCGUCUGUUCUAUCCCAAUAAAGUAAAUUUGGAAAAAAAAAUGUGGUCAGAGGCUAUAGAAUACUUCAAAGACCCGCAACAGGUUGCGCAAAUCCAAGAGUUUUUUGGAGUAAGAAUACACCACAAUCAAAUACUGCAACACAAAAGUGGAGAUGGAAACUCGGUGAUGGAUUUCCCUUAUGAUAACGGAAAUGUAACAAAAACAAUAAGAAGAAAAGUAAAUAGGAUCAAUGAUGAACGGAGUUCAAGAAAUGAAACCAAUGGUUAUGCAACAAGCGAAGACGAAGCAAUGCCCACAUCUAGUUCGGAUCCUCCCCAGUUUACAAUAACAAAUCAUAUUUGGUAUUACUUAUUUUUGUUCGGUACAGAACUUGGGGACGAAAUAUUUUAUUCCACUUUUAUUCCAUUCUGGUUCUGGAAUAUUGAUGGUGCUGUUGGACGAAGAAUCGUUUUAGUUUGGGCCGUCGUUAUGACAAUUGGUCAGUGCUUGAAGGAUAUAAUAUGCUGGCCAAGACCUGCAUGCCCGCCAUCAGUCAGAUUACAAAACAAAUGGUCCCAGGAAUACGGCAUGCCAUCGACUCACGCCAUGAUCGCUGUUUCUAUUCCAUUCAGUGUUGUGCUUUUCACGAUGAACAGAUACGUUUAUUCGUUUACCAUCGGUUGCACUAUCGCUGUUCUUUGGUGUACAUUGGUCUGUGUGAGCCGAAUUUAUCUCGGAAUGCAUACAGUGCUGGACAUUCUUGCUGGCCUGGCUUUAGCAAUGUUUCUAAUGAUUCCCCUAGUGCCAUUGGUUGAUGCAACAGACUAUUACUUUCUAACAAAGGAUUGGGCUUUGGCCAUCUUAGUUGCUAUCAGCAUCGCUACUGUGGUAUAUUAUCCCUGUAGUGAUAAAUGGACUCCUACAAGAGGUGACACUGCCAUGGUAGUGUCGGUUACAGCCGGGGUCCACGUUGGAGCAUGGCUAAAUUACAGAACCGGAGCAAUGUCAACGCCACUACUUCCUCCACCAUACAAUAUUAUUUGGCCAUCUUAUCCAAUGCUUGGGCGUACAGUAUUGAGGACAAUAUUAGGAUUUUGCUGUAUAAUAGCAACAAAGGCAUUGUUUAAAUUUCUCAGCUAUGCAACAAUGUGUGCGAUACUAAGAGUAAAUUCAAAAGAACUGAUGAAAAGUCGGAACUGUUUAGAAAAUCGAAACAAGGUCCUUGUUGAUUUGGUUUAUAAGUAUAUCACGUGUUUUAUGAUCGGUUUCAACGCUGUUUACCUAUUACCAAAUGUUUUUAGUAUGAUCGGAAUUGAAAGACCAACCUUUUAUACAGAAUUAUAGUUUUAGUAGUAACGGGCACUUGAUCUAAAAUAGAUCUUGCAUGUUCAGUGCAAAUACAAAUAACGUACUUACACGUAUUCAUCACUUAUCAUCAUGUUCUACAUCCAAAGAGUACUGAAAUAUCAGUACGAAUUAAUAUUUCAUAACAGAGGAGAACAUAAGUAUUGCAUUCAAUCUGAUAAAACCAUCGAAAACUGAGAAAUGAAACAAAAUAUUUGUUCACUUGAUGUUUAGCAAUCGAACAUAGAUAGUAAUGUAAGGUUGAAUAAUGUGUUUUGUACUAAGCGGUAUCAUUCUCGAACAUCUAUGUAUUUUGAAAAACAAUAUUUAUUCGUGGUUCGCCUAAUUUACAAGCAAUAUUUACUCCUGAUCAGUGAAAAUUCUGGCAAAUCGUGAAAGAAUUGUAACGAUCGAAAAUAUCGAUUAAAGUUCCAAUCCCCUGAGCAUAGUUUGAAUAGAGAUUGAACAUAGCAACAAAAUAAGGCUCAGAAUUAUUUGAAAAUUUUGCUCAAUCCAAAUCGUGUAUGAUCAGACUAGUAGGACUAGUAAUUAAUUCUGCUGGGAGCUAGACCCUGAUAAAUUGAUAGUCACAAAAACGAGUAGCCCUUGCUUUAUUCCCAUUUAUUGAUGCGGUAAAUGAAGCGAAACCCUGACUAAACUUGCUUGCUUGAACACAGUGUUGAAUAUCUAAAAAAUUUAUCGCUACACCUACUGCCCCACUGUAAACGUUCAAUGAAUGUCUUUAAUGCUCAGUUGAAUGCUAUCAAAGUUUUAGAUCACGUAUUUAGUAUUCACGAGUCUUAAUGAUUUACACCAAAUAAAUGAAUUAUACACAAAUAUAUAUGUAUAUAUUUAUAAAUCUUACAGCUUUUUGUUACUAAAGAAUCAUUUGAUGUUUUCAAAACGAAUAGAUUCAAUUUGCUCAUGUAAAUUUAUAUUUAUAUUUACCUGUUUUCUUUUUAACUGUACAAAACUUAUUUCUUUAAAAUAACUGUCAUGAAACAUAUCCAGUGGCUAUGAAACAUUUGCUAUUUUAAGAAUCAAAAUGUCUAUUCCAUACUACUUGUCACAUACAUUUUUUUUAUAGCAAAUGGUAUAAUUGAAUAUUAAGUGAAGUCUAGAAUUGAUGAACGUUGGUUCAAUUUCAAAGCUUUUGUAAUAAUGAUAUUAACAACAUAGCUUUAUUUUUGCCGAUUUAUUAGGCAGACUUGACUAUUGCAAGUGUAAUUUAAGGAUUUAAUAUCGUAUUUAAGAUGUUAAUAAACUAAUUAUUUGGA